AUGGCUGGGGAGAUGGGCGAUGAGGUUCCCGAGAGUGAGGUGACCCGAGGUCGAACGAUUUCUCGGGAGGAACCUCCAACUACAGCAACAUCUGCGAAAGAUGAGCUAGAUGUGCGGGCUUCAUCGGACCAGGGCUCCGGACAACCUCCAGCAAAUGGAGAGCAACAGCGAAGUGGAAGCAGGGCGUCCACAUCAUCAGCGCCUCGCGGUGACUCGUCAAACACAGCAAAUCCUUCCAGAGUCUCCUGGGCCGCUUUGGCUGGGAAGGGUGCCACUGGAGCGAAGUUGGAUAUGCGGAGCGUGGCAAGCCCUUCGCGGGAUGAUCUCCCAACACCAGCUACGCCUGUAUCAGCCAUACAGGAUGUGUCUUCUGGUCGUCCUGCAGGCGAAGCAGGGCUUCCAGUAAGUCGAGGUCUAGACGAAGGAGUGCUGUCAGAUUCAGCCUCCGGAAGCUCAAGCGUCUCCCGGCGCGAUGGUUCAGUAUCCAGGGGCAGGCGUCGCAACCCCGGCGUUUCCAGGGGCACUAUUCCCGUUCAGCAAGCAAGGCAGACAAGCCGCCCGAAGAGUCCGGCUCCAACCACCUCCGAGUCGACUCCGCUGGCCAAACAAGAAGGCGAGGAAACUCAAUCGAGCAAUCCAGCACCAACUGCGGAGCUAAUUGAGUCGACUGAGUCGAAAGGGCUCGAGGAUGUGAGAAACUAUCUAAGAGGCCUCGCGGAAUCACACGGCAUUCUUCAUCUAGUCAACAAGGAGCCGGUGCCCAUAACAUGCGAGCAACUCUUGAAGAAUUUUGCCUCAAAGGUCUCCGAAGAAUGCAGUACGUGGCAAGAGAAGCUUCAGAUCGAGAGUUCAAAACUUGAGGCCUCGACGCAAGCACACGCGCAGCUUGAGGGGGAAAAGACCGCAUUGCAACAGAUCGUGGCAACGCAAACUGACAAACUUGGCGAACUUGGCCCACUUGAGCAAAAGGCACGAGACCUCGAGGUGCAGUUCACGAAGUGUAUUAACGAGCGAGACAAACUCAAGUCGAGCCUGGAAGCAAAGCAAAACCAGCUCAAGACAGCUCAGAAUGAGUGCAACGAGAAGGAGAUUGCACUCCAGCACCGCACAGCAGAGCUCAAUGAAGUUCAAUUGCGCAUCCAACAAAUGGCUCCUCCAGUGAACGAGGAAGAGCUUAAGAGUACCAUCUCUAAGCUGCGUGAUCAGCUCAAUGCCGAAAGGUCAGCCAGGGCGACAGCGGAGCGCAAACUUGAAGAAGAGAAGGGCGUGUGGCAGGCGAAGGAGAAGCGGCACGAAGAGGACGUUUCUUAUAUGGAAAAGCAGUUGGUUGACCACCAAAAGCAAGUCAAGGAAGCGCUAGCCACGGUAGAGAGCCUUCGGAAACAAUUGACGGACCAGACCAGGAAAGUCUCCCAAGCCCAAAUCGAGGUGGAAAACAUGACUUUCACCGUCGACCACGAGAAUGUUCCCCUUGCCGAAUAUCGCAAGCUCGUCGACAAUGCGAGGGGCGAGGUCUCAGACUUGGAGAUGCGACUAGCCCAGGCAGAGACGGAACGCGACGAGGCACUGAAGCAAGACGUUCCCAUGGACGAUAUGCGGGACAUCAUCGGAGAGGUUGUCGGUUUCUACGGCCUCGCCAUGGACGAUGCCGCCAGCAACCUGUACAGCAACUGGCGGGAAGAGGAAGCUAGGCUAGCGGACUUGGUGUGCGACGGCAACGACGGCUUCCGUAGAUACCCUCAUGCCGUCGUGCUUUCCGAUGAAAAGCCUUCGCAGUCAUUUUCUGAUGAUUUGUUCUCGCCUCCCAAGCGGACUUCAGGGGCGGUGGCUUCGAAAUGUGAAGAAUCGCAGACCGAGAGCGAGCCUGAAGAGAGGCUUAAUCUCGCGAAGGAGCUUGGAGAAUUCAACAGCCAGUCCUCCGCGGAAUCGGAAGAGAACCAGGGUAGCCCCGAUCGCACACUACAGACAAUCGAGGAUGAACUCAGCAGACUCGAUAGAAUUUCUUCGGCAGGGUCCCAGGGAAGCAAGGUUGGCCAAGGGGACGUGUCCCUUGAGCUACGCAAUACCAAAGUCGCAUUGGAUGAGUGCCAGCAUCCUCGUAAGGAAGCCGACAAGGAGAUAAAAGACCUCAAAGAUGAGGCCAAGAAGCUUGUUGAUGAGAUUGCGGAGCUCAAAGCAAGCGCUCGGGUGUUGGAGCAGACCAUCGAGGAGCACGAAUCUAAUGCUGAACGAACGAAGGGAGAAGCAAACAGACCAUCUGCUAUCCAAGCGCGCGACGAACAAGACUUCGAGACCAAUCGUAAGGAAGCCGACGAGAAGAUCAAGAACCUGGAAGUUUUGCUCCAGCAACGAACAAAGGAGCUCAAGAGGUCCCAGAGGAGGGAAGAGUUCAUGUCGCAGGUCUCUGAGCAGCUCAAGGGGCAAUUAAGCGCUGUCCACGACAGACUGGGAAAAGCUGAGGCCAAGGCUAUGUACGCCUGCGCGCGAGAAAAGUUGGCGCAAGAAAAGAUGGCACAAGAGGCUGCCACAGCGGACGGAUCGAGCACAGGUGCGAGCUCGCUGGACGACUCGGGAGAACACCUCCAGCUGGUGGCCGACCUGAUAGACCGCGUGGACAAAGCGGAAAGCGAGCAGGCAGCGAGCCGCAGAGAUCUGCAAGAGAUCCAACAGAUGGUGGCAAGCCUCGAUGAGGAUGCCAAGAAUCUUCGGGAGGAAAGAAACAGCCUGGCUCUUGAGAGGGAUCAGCUCCAGGAAGAAAAGGUGGAAUUAUCCCAACAGAGAGACGCAUUGAAGGAGGAUCUCAAGACGUACAUGGAUUCUGCGGACGAAAUUGCAGAACAAAACGUCAGGCUCCUGGAACAACUACGAGAAAUCGAGCAGGAGAUGAGGAAGAAGAUUGAGGAGAUCAAACGCAAGGACGAAGAAAUUCGACACAAGGAUGGGAAAAUACGAGAAAAUGAUCUUUUGCUCGGGGAAAAGAUGGAGGAGUUGAAGGCGAAGCAGAAGGCUCUCGACGAAUGCCACGAACACGGCGAGCGCCUCAAUGCGGAAGUACGCACAGUUGAAGAGAAGGUGGUCGAAUUCCGGAAUAAAUGGAGCUUUGCAAAUCAAAGAUACGACAGUGAGCUGAAGAGGCGUCUCAUAGUGGAGCAAGAGGGUGUCGACCACCUCGAAAACAUGAUCAAAGGCAAGCUAGUUGAGAAAGACAAGGAAUUGCGAGAAGAGUGGAUGGCGGAGCACAAGAAAACCGUCGAGAGGUUGGAGAACGAGAUUCGACCCUUGAAGAGGAGAGCCGAGGUGGGCGAGACUGAGCUGGAGAGGACCAAAGCUACGCACCAGGAAGUGGUGGAUGGCCUCGAGUCCAAGAUCCGCGACCUGGAGAGCCGCAAUUCAGCUGCUGGCGAGGGUGCUGAUCCGACAGAAAUCGAAGCUCAACAGAAAACAAUAGAGGAGCUCAAGCUCAGAGUUCAACAACUAGAGAGUCGGAACCAAGCGCCUGACGAGAAUGCUGAUCUAGCUAAGAUCAAAGAUGAACAUCAGAAGACGGUGGAUGCCCUCGAACUCAAGAUCCAGAAUCUGGAAGAGGACCACCGGAGGGAGUCGGCUGGACUCGAAAGACAAGUCCUCGCUCUGACGAGCGAGAACGAAGGCUUGACACGGGUCUUGUCGGGCACGGCCGUGCCGAGCGGGAUCAUGAUCUCUCACCAGGGCACGCAGACUCACUACGCGCCGCCGGUCGAGAGCUCGACGCGGAACCCCGAUCAUCAACCGCCCAUCGAGGGGACUUUGGGGACGACAUCAGGCACCCAAAGCCCCCCUCCUGAAUUUAGAGCCAUGCACCAGCAGUUCCAAGAUGCAUUCAAGAGCCUGAUACGAAAGCAGUCGGCCACCGCUGACAAACUUGAUUCCUUCUUCAAGAGGCUGUGCGACACACUUGGGAAAAUGGAGCUACCAGAAAAUCCUGACGAGUACGAGGUUGACCGCCUAGUAGAGCUUCGUGACGCCUUCAACGAAGCUCGUACUAAGAUGUACGAACUAGGCUUGCAGAAAAGACACUUUUUUGAGACCAACAUUGAGAACUACCCGGACGAGCUGUACGAAUUCGCGCAAAAGAUUCACAUGUACAAAGAGAGGCUCGAGCGGAUCGAGGUCAGGGCGGCCACCACGGCGGCCAACACGAUAGCCAACGCGACAGCCAACGAGAAUAGCGGCGGAAACAACGCCGGCGGGAGUGAUGGUGACAGCCAACCUCAUCAGUCCGAGGCUGGCGACUGGGUGACUGCCAGCAGUAGCGAAACUCCUUCUGGCGGCGACGAUGAUGAUUUUGAUAUAGACGGACCGGACCCCGGUGACGAUCCAAAGAAACUCCGCAAAGCCAUUGUCGCAUUGGAGAGGAUGAGGGAUGAGGCCGGUGCAACCCUAGCGCAAGAGGGGAGGAUAUUGCGCAGGAACAUCGCUCAUUACGGAGGGAUUUUCAACCGGCUAUACCAAGAUCUCGGCAACCCGCGCGAGCCAGCCCGGCAGCUCCAACGAGAACGGAGGGCCGUGGGACAAGCCGUCAGAGACCUGGCUGGCUCGGAGGCCACCGUCGCCGGGCCAAGCUCAGCCGCCGGCACCCAGCCGAACGUCGCCGAACCUCCACUGCCCCCGGACCUUUCAUUGAAUCGUUCAUCAGAGGACCUGGACAAGUGGAGCGGGAAGAAGAAGGCUUACAGAUUCCCGGACGACGGCGAUCCAGGAAGUUCGGGCGACAGCACCGUCGAUGGAGACAUCGAUCAGUAUGGGUCACCCAAGCGGACUCCUUGGGAGGCACGCGUAUAUGCCAUCCGAGAAAUAUUGACACAAACAUAUCGGGAGCAACGUGCUUGCAUGUACGCUCGAAAUGCCAUCAUGGAGGCCACGCUGAAUCUGCAAGUCGCCGAUGAUCCCGUCCGUAACCAGCCAGGACCGACGCCUUCCGGCGUUUCUGCACAUCCGCUCCCCAGCGCACCCGCGGAUCAAGGAGGCCCAGGAUCUUCUCAGGCGGGACCAUCGUCUACUGCCGCGCAGCCAGCCAGCCCGGACAGCCAAAACGACGAGUCUCGGCGGGCAUUCCAGAGUCACAACGCCUUUGACGACCUCGUAACCGAAAUUUCCUCGCAGGCAUCAAGUGAUUUCUUCAAUUUUCCCACAACGGAUCGAAUCCUACCCUCCUACCUCCCGAGAAGCAUCUGGGACCCCCUGAAUGAUUGGUCCAUGAGUUGUGAGAAUGUCCAAAGCAAUCUUGAGCGUCUCAACUAUGCCAUCGAGGGCCUCAUCCACGACGGCAUCAACUCUCAAAACUACGAGUUCCUGCGCAGCAGAGCCCGACAGCUCAAGAUCAUGCUCGAAAAGGCCAACGCGACAAUUACCGCCCUCAAGGCGAGGGAGGUCAACGAGUUCGUAGGCCGGUCUGACAAUGAGCUCGCAGAAGAGGCGCAGCGACUCAAGAAAGAGAACAAAAGCUUGGAAGAGAAGCUCGAAGAUUUUAAACAGAUAGCCGCGAAGCGACAAAACGACGAGAGGCUCAAGCAAUUUGCUGCAGAUGCCCGCGCAUCGACUUUGGAGAAUAUGAACGAAAAGCUGAAAGAGACUAUUAGCAAGCUAGAAAAAGACAAGAAACAGGCCAUUGAUGACGGCGUGGACAAGGAGAUCCGUGAGACGGUGUACUACUACGAAGAGCAAAAGAAGGAAACUGAAAAGUUGAAACGCGAGAUCGCGAAGCUGGAGAAGAAGCUUGCCGAGGAGCAGUCGACGAAGAGCGCCGUAUUCGAUGGUACCGUCGAAACCAUUAAGGACCUGCAAGAAGAAAUCCGCCAGCUGCGGAGGGCCAACGAAAAGUUGGUAGACAGAGGCAGGACGUUGGCGACCGACAUGGAACGGGCUCUGGACGUCACGGCGGGUACAUCGGGAACCGACGCACAGAAGUUGGCCCGGAUGCGACAGCGCAUCACCAACGCUCUACAUCUGGACGUCCCCGACUACCAAGAAAUCGAAGACUUCCCACUUGAGGCGGAGUCGGAGCGAGAGCAGGAGUUCGUUGACGCAAUGAAGGAGUACGAGAGGCAGUCGAAGAACCUGCGAGAUCUCAACGACCGACAAGUCCGCCAGCAAAAGCGAGAUUUUGACGACCGGCUGGCUAAACGAGACGCUUCUAUGAAGCUUCAGCAGUCCAAGUUGAGAGAGAUCUUGGCUUCUCAGAGGCAGCGACUCAGGUUGUGCGAGACGGAGUUGGAGGCCGAGAGAAUGCAGCUCCAACAUGCCAAGAAGAGGAUGGCACUGAUGGAGAAGCAGCUGCAGGAGCAAGCUCGUGUCAACGUGGAUUUGAUGAUUGACCAAGAUGAGGAUAACUUGAAGGCUACUGAAGAGGGGACAUCUGGAGAAGAGCCUAAGGAAGAUAAGAAGGAUAAGGGGAAACAGCGCGCAGGCGCACCCGGUGGUCCUGAUGGUGAUCCCGACGACGGCGACGAUGAUGAUGACAACCACGGUGAAGGUUCCAGCAGCGGUCCUCGAGAAGCCGGCAAGAAGCAGACAGGAAGCGGCAGGAUGUGUGGCUGUCCCUGCCUUGGUGCCUGCGAUACAGCAGGCAGGCCGAUAGCUGCUAGACAAGAAGUCAUCCACGACCUCGUCACGUUUUACGCCAAAUACAGACGCUGCUGUGGUCGUAAAGCCAACAUGAUGAGCGCCGCAAGCCAAACGACCGCCGAAUCCGCCUCCGGAACAGAGACGGCGGAGGUCCCCGAAGACGACGGCCUUCUCCUGGUGCGACUGGCCGGCCUCCUGCACAUGGACAGCGACACGAGAAAUCGAAUCGAGAACCCGCGCCUGAGCUACCUCGCGCGCCUCCUCCUCGCCUUCUGGAGCUGCAUACGCAUUCACGGGGUCGCGUGGAAGCAGACGCUUUACUGGCUGGUCGCCGGGAGCCUUUACUCGGCCGUCUACUACCUACCCGGCAGGCGCUGGAGGCCGGGUCCGCCAACGACUCCGUCGCCCAAGCUCGUGGCGCUGGCGAUCAAGGACGCGAUCAUCUUAUACUGGUUCUACUACUUGUACCAGGCGCUCAUGGCGACGUGGGCCGUGCAGAAGGUCUACGAUAUGGCCAACGGGUACACGAGGGCGUACUAUGUCGAGAGGGCUCUGCAUCCGGAACGGUCCAGGUGGUGGGGUCUCGACGGGAUCGACAUGCGGCUUUCUGGGUUCUCUACGACAGAGCCUCUUGCGCCUGUUACUACUGACGAUGGGGCGGCGGGCAUCAGGAGGGGACUUUGA